GGACAGGAGGGGGUUGACUUAACAAUUGGUCCGAAUCCAUGUCUGAAAAGUAAAGUACAUUAUUAACUCAAUAAUUUUCACAAAUAUCUCAGAGAAAGACAAAAGCAAAACCAAUGCUUUGAGAAAAAAAUGGAGGAAGACAAGUCAAUGAGUCCUCAGCAGCGGCUGCAGCAGCAGCAGCAGCAGCAGCAAUUUCUCUUACACCAACAGAAACAACAACAGCAACAGCAACAAAUGCUUCUCUUACAACAACUUCAGAAACAAGCCCAACAUCAUCAGCAACAGCAGCAGGCAAUUUCUCGCUUCCCUUCCAACAUUGAUGCCCAUUUACGUACUACUCCUGGUGUUCUUCCCAAUCGUGCUAUUAACAUCCACCCAAACCCUAAUUCAACCCCUAACCCUAACCCUAACCCUAACCCUAACCCUAAUUCCACUCCUAAUUCACAACAACAGCAACAGCCCCCACAAUCACAGCAACAGCAACAGCAGCGGCAACAACAGCAGCAGCAGAAGCAGAUGCGGCCGUUGAAUCAAGCUGAACUUCGGAUGGCUUAUCAGGAUGCCUUGCGUGUUUGUCACCCUGAUUUUAAACGACCCUUUUCUUCCCUUGAAGAUGCCUGUGAAAGGUUACUACCUUACCAUGUUGUAGCAGACUAUGAAGCAGAGGAGGAUGACAGAAUUCUUGAUUCUGACACAACGGGCCAGAUGCCAUCUCGGUCCCAGCAGUGGGAUCACAACAUUGCUGCCAAAGUCGCCGAGUUCACAGCGACGUUCGAGAAACAGGCACUUGCCUUCAACAUAAUAUCUCGCAAACGAGCCGCAGGGGAAUUUCGAUCUGAGGAAAGGUUGAUGGUUGAGCAGGCUCUUCUCCAGGAAGAGAAGAGAGCCAUGCUUGAGUUGAGAGCAGAAAUAGAAUCAAGGGCGAAGGCUGGUCGGGAGGCUCAUGAGGCUAAGUUGCGAAUGGCAGCAAUGGUUCAGGCAGAGCAAGCUCAUGCUGAAAUAAUGGCCCAAGGACCUAUAAGAGCAAAUGCGCUUGGAUCUCAUGGUCAUGACAUUGGAGAACAGUCACAGGGUUUAAACCCUGAUGAGAUGAUGAACGGCUGGGGGAACAAUGCACCUCGGGAUGAAAAGGAGCCUUCGGAAGAUUUCUUGAAUGAUGAAGAGACUGAAAACGGAGAUACAAGUGUGCAGAACGAAUGGCGUGAAGUCGGGGAGUUUGAUUUGAACAGUAGAUAGGUCAUGGAUGGUGGUGCUUAGUUGGCAUUUUGGCAUCUCCUUUUCUUAAUCGAUUUUUUGUUAACCUAAUUUGUAAAAGAAAAAGUAAAACACGUAGUGAUAGGCAUAGAUGGACAUUUUCAUUACGUUGUGUUUUUAUUGUAUUUAUUUAGGCACAUAGACAAGCAAAAGCAUUUGCUUUGGUGAGCUGCUGCUGGCUUCCAUUUAACCUUUUAAAUGAUCUUUGUAAAUUCGCCCAUGUUAAAUGAAUGACUGAUCCGAAUUCCGAAGUUUAUACAAAAAGAAAA